GUGUGUAAAUUGAAUCUACAGCAAUUACACCAACCACAGAUGAAUCUACGAAAUGUUCUUCUGCUGGAACGUAACCUCUACCUCUACCUAUUAAUUGAAACAACAUUAGCAAAAGCAAAAGAGCUUAGAGUGCACGUUGAACCAAUUAUCAAUAGAUCAAAAGACAAUACAACGCAUUCUCGUAGAACUGCAUUUAGUCAUUUACAAAACAAAUAUGCUGCAAAAGAAUUGUUUGAUGUUGUAGGUCCAAAAGUAGCUAACAGACCAGGCGGUUACACAAGAAUUAUUAAAUUAGGUAAAAGAUUGGGUGAUAACGCAGAAAUGGCUAUGAUUGAGUUAGUAGAUUUUAACGAAUUGUACACUGCUAACAAAUCUAACACUAAUGCUAGUGCAGAGCCUAAAAAACGUACACGUAGAGCUGGAACAACAAAGAAAAAAGAAGAGGAGAGUACGGAAACGGAAACAAACACAGCAACAGAGAAAGAUGGCACACAUUACGAAGCUAAUGCUUGCGGAAAAAUUGGAACAGCUACAGGAGAAAUUUGUUUCAAUACUUCAAUGACUGGAUACCAUGAAUUAUUUACAGACCCAAGUUACUACGGACAAUUACUAAUUUCCACCAAUGUACACGUUGGUAAUUAUGGUAUUAAACAUCAAGAAGAAGAAGCUAAUCAAAUACAAAUAGCGGGAUUAAUUUGUAGAGAAUACACGAAUAAUUAUUCAAGAAUACAAGCAAACCAAAAUAUUCAAUCUUAUUUUGAAGAAAAUAAUUUAGUGGGCGUUACCAAUUUAGAUACUCGAGCAAUUGUAAGACAUGUGCGUGAAAAAGGUGCAAUGAAUGCUAUUAUUUCAUCAGAAAUUAAUUCAUUAGAAGAGUUAAAUGCUAUUUUAAAAAAUGUUCCAUCAAUGGACGGUUUAGAGUUGGCAUCAAAAGUGAGUACUAAAACAGCUUAUACUAUGGGCAACGAAAACGCAACAUACAAAAUUGCAGCAUUAGACUUA